AUGCCAACCAAGAGGUCUGUACUCAGGACAUCAUUUAUUGCUCUUCUGGCUUUGACUAUUAUAUUGAUUAUUAGUACAAUUUCAUAUACGUAUGAUUAUGAUGUUCAAGAUUUAAAAGACAAAAUUGUUGAUAAAUUUGGUAAAGAAUCACCAACAGAGAAUCAAAAGGAUCCAACUAAAGAAUUCAUAGAAGAUACAAGUGUAUUAAAUAUAACAGAUCAAAAAGUUGAAAGUGAAUAUCAACCUAUCUCCAAACCAAUGCCAAAUUUGGAGAAUGAAAAUGCAGUUUUAUUUACAUUAGCUAGAAAUUCAGAUUUAAAUGGUAUUUUACAAUCAAUUAAAAAUUUAGAAUCAAGUUUUAAUAAAAAUUAUCAUUAUCCUUGGUAUUUUGCAAAUAAUGAACCAUUUGAUGAUGAAUUCAAAACAAAAGUUGAUGAAUUAGUAUCUGGUGAAGUUGAAUUCAUUACAAUACCCAAGGAAUAUUGGUCAUAUCCAGAUUUUAUAGAUUUGAAGAAAGCUGAAAGAUCAAGAAGAAAUGCUGCUAAUGCAGGAAUGAUGUAUGGUGAUAGUGAAUCAUAUAGACAUAUGUGUCGUUUCAAUUCAGGUUUUUUUUAUAAGUUGAAAGAAUUACAAAAAUUUGAUUAUUAUUGGAGAGUUGAACCUGAUGUUAAAUUUAAAUGUGAUAUAAAUUAUGAUGUUUUCAAGAAAAUGAAACAAGAAGAUAAGAUGUAUGGUUUUAAUAUGGGAUUAACUGAAGAUUCUAAAACAAUACCUACGUUAUGGGACUCGGUUAAAGAAUUUAUGAAGGAAAAUAAAGAUUUAAUUAGUCAACCAAAUAAUUUGAAAUUUAUAAGUGAUGAUGAUGGAGAAACUUAUAACAUGUGUCAUUUUUGGUCAAAUUUUGAAAUUGGAUCAUUUAAAUUCUUUAGAAGUGAAAAAUAUGAGAAAUUUUUCCAAUUUUUAGAUUCAAAAGGUGGAUUCUUUUAUGAACGUUGGGGUGAUGCACCAGUCCAUACUAUAGCAGCCUCGUUAUUAUUAUCACCAGAUCAAAUCCAAUUUGUUGCUAACACUGGAUAUUUCCAUCAUCCAAAUCAAGAUUGUCCAAGGGUGGAUUCAAUAAGAGAAGAAUUGAAUUGUAGAUGUAGUCCAAAUAGAGAUUUUACAUGGCAUAGAUGGAGUUGUGUUAACAAAUAUUUUGAAGUGAACAAUAUGGAGAAAUUGAACGGAGGUAUUGAGAAACGAGAUGAGAUAGAGUACCAGGCUAUGGAGCAAAGGGAUAUCAUGAAGUAUUUAUAUGGGUUAUAG